CGUAGAGGCGGCGGCAAAAUGGCGGCGCCUGAGGAGCGGGAUCUAACCCAGGAGCAGACCGAGAAGCUGCUGCAGUUUCAGCACUGCCUCUCCAGCCCUAGGUAUUGAUUUGUUUUCAACUACAGAUGGACUUUUUAAACAGAAGGGAAGAAGAAUCCCCCAAAGUAGGAAUGAACAAGGAGGACCGUUCUCUCACUUCCAUACCCACAGGAUCUGACUGGCAUAGAAUCUAUGGAUCAGUGUCGCCAUACCUUGGAACAGCAUAACUGGAACAUAGAGGCUGCUGUACAAGAUAGACUGAAUGAGCAAGAGGGUGUACCAAGUGUUUUCAACCCACCACCAUCCCGACCCCUGCAGGUUAAUACAGCUGACCACAGGAUCUACAGCUAUGUUGUCUCAAGACCACAGCCAAGGGGGCUGCUUGGAUGGGGUUAUUACUUGAUAAUGCUUCCAUUCCGGUUUACCUAUUAUACAAUACUUGAUAUAUUUAGGUUUGCUCUUCGUUUUAUACGACCUGACCCUCGCAGCCGGGUCACUGACCCUGUUGGGGACAUUGUUUCAUUUAUGCACUCUUUUGAAGAGAAAUAUGGGAGGGCACACCCUGUCUUCUACCAGGGAACGUACAGCCAGGCACUUAAUGAUGCCAAACGGGAACUCCGCUUUCUUUUGGUUUAUCUUCAUGGAGAUGAUCACCAGGACUCUGAUGAGUUCUGUCGCAACACACUAUGUGCACCUGAAGUUAUUUCACUAAUAAACACGAGAAUGCUCUUCUGGGCAUGCUCCACAAACAAACCUGAGGGAUACAGGGUCUCACAGGCUUUACGAGAAAACACCUAUCCAUUCCUGGCCAUGAUUAUGCUGAAGGAUCGGAGGAUGACUGUGGUAGGACGGCUAGAAGGCCUUAUCCAGCCUGAUGACCUCAUUAACCAGCUGACAUUUAUCAUGGAUGCAAACCAGACUUACCUAGUGUCAGAACGUCUAGAAAGGGAAGAACGGAACCAGACCCAGGUGCUGAGACAGCAACAGGAUGAGGCAUACUUGGCAUCUCUCAGGGCUGACCAGGAGAAAGAGAGAAAGAAGCGGGAGGAGCGAGAGCGAAAACGGCGGAAGGAGGAAGAGGUACAGCAGCAGAAGUUGGCAGAGGAGAGGCGGCGGCGGAAUUUACAAGAGGAGAAGGAAAGGAAGUUGGAGUGCCUGCCCCCGGAGCCUUCCCCUGAUGACCCUGAGAGUGUCAAAAUAAUUUUCAAACUACCCAAUGAUUCUCGAGUAGAGAGACGAUUCCACUUUUCACAGUCUCUAACAGUAAUCCACGACUUCUUAUUCUCUUUGAAAGAAAGCCCUGAAAAGUUUCAGAUUGAAGCCAAUUUUCCCCGGAGGGUGCUGCCCUGCAUUCCUUCAGAGGAGUGGCCCAACCCCCCCACACUGCAGGAGGCCGGACUCAGCCACACAGAAGUUCUCUUUGUUCAGGACCUAACAGAUGAAUGACACUUUUUUUCCUCUCCUCCUCUCCCACCCCAAUCCCUAAAAGAAAUGGAAAACAAAAAAAAAAAAAAAAAGAGAAAUUCAUAUUAUUAUUAUUAUAAUACAAUAUUUUUUUUAAAAGACUGCUGCAUCCUAAGGAAGGAUCAAAAACCAUGCUGCCUGCAAGAGUCACCACCUGUGUGUGUGCAUGAGGUUAGCAAUGAACGUUCCUGCUGGCAAGCCCACCCUUCCCUACUGCCUCUGCACCACGCACCUUCCAACGAAAGGAGACUCUUCACCUCCAACCCAGCCAUGUCUCAACUGGGGAAGGGGACAUUCCCACUAGUUCUCAUUCAUUCUUGCUUUUAUGGAAUAUAAAAGUGAAACAAACCUCCAUCAACCAGCUACUGCAGCAUCUCCCGAAGACUUGCUUCUCCCACCUCUGGAGAAGAGAGGGAAGAGAAGGCACAGAGCAGAGAUGUUCCUUUUACUUCCAACAGCUUAUGAAUAACUUUUAAAUUUUUUUCUGUUGCUCUGUAAUGACCAAAGGAAUGAGGCUGACAUAGGUGUAUUUUUUUUCCCUUAACAUUAUUUGAUAAAGAGCCAAUUCUUAAACCCAUGAGUUCAUGCCCUGGGCUCCUCCCCACCAGAGUGUAAUAAAGGUGCCCUGGGCUGGUUUGUGCUUAUUUAUGCAAUUGUUCCUCUCAUGUUCCCAGAGAGGUGGUUCUUUUUGGUCCAACUCUUUCUGUCCUUUCUUUCCAUCUAUGCACCCCACUUGAAGCAGUGGGAGGAAAUCUGGGUUUGUACCCCUGCAAAACCUGUAUGUACAGAUACACCCAUAUAUGUGGUGUGAAGUCCAUGUAGACUCACCUGUACACACAACUGCAGCUUUUCUUUGGAAUCUGUACCAGGUGAUCAUUAUGGGGUCUGAUCCAAGGGUUAGCAGCUCUUCCUCUUCUGACACAUGAAUGCUGUUCCUGCCCAGCCCUGAGCUUUCCUGAAUCGCCAAGCCUGGUGCCUUUCCAGAGGACUAGCAGGGCCUGUAGUGGAACCACUAGAACCACGUAAGAGUGCCCUGCCUCAUUGGGAGUGUGGUGGUGGUGUAUUUUAAGGACAAAGAAACUGAGGCCUUGAAGGGAGCCAAGACAGAACUCAGCCUCUUUAAACUGUUGAAGGGCACACUGCAGUUUUUGAUGUUGCCACCUGCUGGAGGCAGUUUUUAUCCUCUCUAUUGCUAUGUUGAAGUAAUAGGGGUUUUAACCUCCGAAUGUCUGUGGUUGACUUUAUGGUAAUGGGUACAUGGGUCAGGCCAUGUAUCAACAGAUGCCAGCGUGAGCUGGCAAGUAUUCCAAAGUGUUGUGUAGCUAGACUGGUGCAGACUCAUAAUACUGCAACCUACUGAAAUUAGUGCAGUUCCCUAGGAUGCUAUGAGGCCAGGGGUUCAUAUCAAGAUAAAGUAUAACUUGUUAGAUUUGCAGUCUCCAAAGGCUUUCUCUUGCUUAGCUAAAACCUAAGGACCAUUCAUUGAGGUAGCGGUGAUGUGGCUACUAUAUUCUUUGGCCUUCCGUGGUGGGGUAAAGACCAAGGGGCAGGUUGAAGAGCCUCAUGGAUAUCACCCGGGGAGCCUGAGAAUGUCUCAGUGGCCUUGGCACAGGCGUCUACAGCACCAUCUCCAGGAAAAUUUUGAUUCUGCUCCUGGCUGCUUAUUACUCUUCCACUGUUUCCUGAUGUCACAGGCCAGCCCAGAUGAGUGGGAAAUAAGUGACUGUUGUCACAUCCGGAGUGAAUACCAGGAUAAACCAUGUUCUCCAAUCCACCUUGUGUGAAGCCUGCUUCCUGCUGACAACCAUGCAGAGAGGAAUUCUUAAUUGAAAGCCUCCCUCCGUGUCUGGAAUUCAUAGCUGUUUCCCUGGCAGUACACCGGGGGUAUUAAAGACCUUCGCUAGGCUGAGUGUACUGAGUAUCUUGCCCACAUCUCUGCGAAGUUGUAAAUUUUUUUUCUGAAAUAAUUCCACAUUCAUCUUAUUCUACAAUGUGCACUUUAUGCCUCCUGCCUUUUGAUAACUUGUCCAGUAAAGGAGAUGAGCCGCCAGAAUGUUUAGAAAAAGUCUGUUCAUGUCAGUACAGCUCUUGGGAUGGCCUGUCCAUUUACUUAAGGUUUCAAGAGGCACCACAUGAAGCUCAUGCUCCUUCUAGUCCAUGUUGAAACAGCCCUGCUUUAUUCAGACCCAGUUCCUGUCUCCUUGCAGACCUAGAGCUGCUGCUUAGGUGCCAUCUCCUUUCCUCCCCGAUAGAUGCACAUUUUGUCAAUGCCAGUACAAUCUGUAUGUUACUCCCAAGGACCUCUGGGAACUUGAUGGGACCUGCAAGUGAGAAAAUAUUGAGAAGCCCAUGAUCUGUAAGCAUUUGCUCUUGUUUCCAAAUCACCACCGGGUUAUUUCAGCUGUUUCCAAAUGGCAGGUCAUCAGCUAAACAAAAACACUUGUUUUCAAUUUUGUCCUGCACUCCCAAGACUGAAGUAGAUUUGGCUGAAUUUCCAUAGGAAAUGACCAAGAAAAGACAUCCAAUUGGAGUCAGUUGAAUUUCCUCAGCCUCAGUGGGGCCACUUCUGGUCUUUUCCACUUCUGCAGAAUUUCCUGCAGCAAAUACUUGUUUCUCCUUGUUUGCCUCCACUAUGAUGUUUGGAUAAGAGAUGGCCAGUGGAGAAUAUUUAUCUCUUAAAAAAAAAAAACUAAAAAGAACCUAGAAUCUUCAACAGAGCAGUCAUUAUGAAAAUUGCUAAUGGUGCCAAGGCCAAGGAAAAGGUUACAGAAAAUGACUGUGGGAAGGAGUGAUAACCCCCAGAAUGCAAAAUCAGGCGAGUAUUAUCUGGUGCUUGAACAAGGAGCUCCACUUUACAACUGGCUUUUUUUAGGACUUUUGAGGGACGCAGCAACAGAAUAUCCAUCCAUAAAGGAUGCAGUGCCCCAGCUUGUACUGCACCUGAAUAGUUAUGUGAUAAUUUACUGAAGAAAUCUAGUGUACUUUAAAUUUUUUUCAUAAAAGUUUACAUUGUAUUGUAGGUUAACAUUAAAUGUUUUAUAACAAAA